AUGGACUCAAUUUCUUUGCUUGUGGGACCUCCGCCGAACGCGUCGAGAGCAUUGAAUCAAGAUGAUUUUGAUACGCGAUACAACUUUGCAAAGUAUCGGAAGAAGAAGACAAAUACGGAACUUGUGAAGCAGUUUGCAAUUGGAGACAACUGGAUUCUGUACCAGCAACCCAACUCGUGGAUACAGAUUCUUCCGAUUACGACAUGGAUUAACAAGUAUCAUGUUAAAGACACCCUAGGCAAGGAUAUCCUCGGAGCUCUCUACCUUUCUCUUCUUCUUCUGCCUCAAGCCAUCGGUUUUGGUGUUGUGAUAAACGAUGUCUCUGCUGCAGUCUAUUCACUUUUCAUUCCUCAAAUCAUUUAUGCUUUCUUCGGAUCCGCACAACAUUCCUCUCUCGGAGCGCUUUCGUUCACCUCGAUUAUGAUAUACUGCUCAAUUGAAUAUUCUAAUUCUCAUCUCUCCUCGAUUUCUCUCUGCUGUGCUUUUAUCCAGUUGAUCCAAUUUUUGCUCCCAUUGGAAUUAAUCUUCUCCUAUAUCUCUACUUCCGCAUUGGCUGGAUUUUCCGUUGGUCUUUUCAUCCGUACCGUAUUCCGUUUCCUCCCACAAUUCUUAGUGUUCCGUGGACAUGAUUGCAAAAGUACAACGGCCGUAGGUCUUCUACUUCCAAAUACAACAAACGAUGUCAAAAGAGUUCUUCAAUGUUUCUACGCAGCUGUUCCAUGUCUCAGAUCGGCCGACACUAUUCUCAUCGUUGCCACCGUCGUUGCUGCAAUCAUAUUCAUCAUCUUCAAAUGGCGCCUUUCUCGUUUUCUAAUGUCGAAAAUUGGGUUCAGUGCCCCUCAUGAAUUCGUGGUUCUGCUUUCAGUCACCUUCUUGAUAUUCUUCUUCCAACCUGAUGUUGCUGCCCAAUCCACUACACGAAUCGACCUAUCCAUUCCAAAAAUCGGUUUAUGGACGUUUCCAUCAUGGUCCACAUUUGUGGAUUCUUUUGCAAUUUCAAUUUAUGCAAUGACUUCGCAUAUGCAAAUUACAAAAUCAAUUGCAGAAGAGAAAAUGUACAAAGUGCAUCGGAAGCAAGAGCUUUUCUGUUUCUCCAUAAUCUCUUUCCUCAGUUCUCUUUUCGGUUUGUUGCCUCCUUCAAGUAGUUACGGAAGCUCUCAAUGCGCAAUCGGAAUCAUGAUCAUAACAUCGUUCAAUGGUUGGUUCAGCGAUCUAAAAUCGAUUCGAGAGAUUUUCUAUUCUUCCACUUGGGAUGCGGCUCUCUCAAUGGCAGCUCUUCUCAGUGCAGUAGUGUUUCCGAACGUUUGCAUCGGAUUCAUUUUCAUGUUGUUCUGUUCUGUGUUCGCAGUUUCUUUGAAAGUCCAAUUUCCUCGGAUGGAAGUUCUCGCAAAACUUUCGGAUUCUCAUUUUGCUGAGGAAAACCGAUACGAAGGAGACUGUUUGGAUACUCCAUUAAGAAUCAUUCGACUCAGUGGACCACUUCUCUCUGUUAACUGUGAGAGUGUUAGAAGCGAACUUUUCAAACAAGCGGUUGUCGUGAAAGGAUUGAUUGGAAUUGGAAUUGGAACUAGAACUGCCUCUUUGAGAAGUCAAUGUCCGUCCGCAGUUGGACCGAAAUACUCAAUUCAGGAGAGUGUGACAGCCCGUGAAUCCGUAAAUCUGUCAGCUAACAUCACAAUUAUCCAAGAAUGUGAUGUUUCCGUUGCACUGCCCCCGUCCGAAGACACUCCAUCAAUUGUUCGUUUUCUAGUUUUGUCUAUGAAUGGAGUCACCGGAAUCGACAAGGAUAUGCUGACUUGUUUGUCACAGAUUUACGGAGAUUUGAGCAGUGAAAAUAUAAAAAUACUAAUGGCCGGAGUUCCUGCGUUUGUGCGGGAUUCUAUGGAGCUUUUGGGUUUUUAUAAUACAGUUCCAAAGACUCAAUUUUACCCAAAUGUUCAAGAAGCAUUGCUCGCUGCAAGGAAUGCUGUACUUCCAUUUCAUAUGAGUGUUUCAAUGAACGGAUGCCGUGACGUCAUAGCGCUUUCCUGCGCUGCUUCCAAUGCAGAUUUAAACCGUCAACCAUCCCCAGAAGCUGUAUAA